AUGGAGGAAGAACUAGAACAGUUUGAGCAUAAUGAUGUUUGGGAGCUGGUUCGUAGACCAGUAAAUGUGAAUAUCAUUGGGACUAAAUGGAUUUUCAAAAACAAGAUUGAUGAGAGUGGAGUUGUGGUUCAAAAUAAAGCAAGGUUGGUUGCACAAGGGUAUACUCAGAUCGAAGGAGUGGACUUUGAAGAGACAUUUGCUCCAGUAGCAAGACUUGAAUCAAUUAGAUUGUUUUUGGGUAUGGCUUGUAUCCUGAAUUUCAAGGCUCCAAGAGCUUGGUAUGAAAGACUAACUAGUUUUCUUAUGGAGAAGGGCUAUAACAGAGGAAGUGUGGACAAGAUUUUGUUCAUCUUAGAACAAGAGGAUGACAUCAUGAUGGUUCAGAUUUAUGUUGAUGACAUUAUCUUUAAGAGUACUUCAAAGAAGCUGGUGGACAAUUUUGUGAACAGCAUGACACAAGAAUUUGAGAUGAGUCUGGUUGGAGAGCUUAAAUAUUUUCCUGGGUCGCAGAUUACUCAGUCUGAUCAAGGGAUUUUUAUUUCACAAAGUACUUAUGCAAGACAACUUCUUAAGAAGUUUCAGAUGGAUAAAUGUAAAGAAGCCAAGAUACCUAUGAGUACUUCAUUAAAAUUGUCAAAAGAUCUUGAUGGUAAGGCUGUGGAUGCCAAGCAGUACAGAGGGAUGAUUGGUAGUUUACUGUAUCUUACUGCAAGUAGGCCUGAUUUGUGUUUCAGUGUGGGUAUGUGUGCUAGGUAUCAGUCAAAUCCAAAAGAAUCACAUCUUGAAGCUGUUAAACGAAUUAUAAAGUAUGUGAAAGGGACUGUUGAUUUUGGGAUUUGGUAUUCUAAAGGAUCAAAUAAAGGCUUAGUUGGAUACUGUGAUGCAGACUAUGCAGGGAGUGUGACUGAUCGUAAAAUCACUAGUGGGGGAUGUUUCUUUUUGGGAAAUAAUAUCAUCGCUUGGUUGAGCAAGAAACAGAACUCAAUAUCUAUGUCCACAGCUGAAUCAAAAUAUAUAGCAAUGGGAAGCUGUGUACUCAGCUAUUGUGGAUGA